AUGAGUGCUCUGUCUCCCGAGAACAUCUCCGGGGUCUACCUCCCCUCCGCUGUCCUGGUCGUGGGAUCUUUCAUUCUGAAGAAGGAAUGGGCUCCUUUUGCCGUCGCGCUGGCUGCCAGCUACGUAGCAUACAAGCUGCUUUCCGGCGGUAGCCCCAAGCCCAGGAAGGUCCUCAACCCUACCGAGUUCCAGAACUUCGUCCUGCAGGAGAAGAACGACAUCUCCCACAACGUGACCAUCUACCGCUUCGCUCUUCCCCGCCCCACCGAUAUCCUCGGCCUCCCCAUCGGCCAGCACAUUUCUCUUGCCGCCACCAUUGAGGGCCAGCCCAAGGAGGUCGUUCGCUCCUACACCCCCAUUUCCUCCGACAAUGAAGCCGGCUACUUCGACCUACUCGUCAAGGCUUACCCCCAGGGUAACAUCUCCAAGUACCUGACCACCCUGGAGGUCGGCCAGACCAUGAAGGUCCGCGGCCCCAAGGGCGCCUUCGUCUACACCCCCAACAUGUGCCGCCACUUCGGAAUGAUUGCUGGUGGUACCGGUAUCACCCCUAUGCUCCAGAUCAUCAAGGCCAUCGUCCGCAACCGUCCCCGCAACGGUGGAAACGACACCACCCAGGUCGACCUGAUCUUCGCCAACGUUAACCCCGACGACAUCCUCCUCAAGGACGAGCUCGAGAAGCUGAUUGCGGAGGAUGAUGGAUUCCGCGUCUACUACGUUCUCAACAACCCUCCUGAGGGCUGGACCGGUGGUGUUGGCUUCGUUACCCCUGACAUGAUCACCGAACGCCUCCCUGCUCCCGCCAAUGACAUCAAGAUCCUCCUCUGCGGUCCUCCUCCCAUGGUUAGCGCCAUGAAGAAGGCUACCGAGUCUCUUGGUUACACCAAGGCCCGUCCCGUCAGCAAGCUCGAGGACCAGGUUUUCUGCUUCUAA